UCCCUGCCGCGCUGCAACGUAUUCGGAUCUUAGCUGUGGUGUUUCAGCUUUCACCUCCACUCUCGGUUGAGCUCUGCGCCCUGCCCGGUCUAUGGUGCUGCCCGGAGCCCCCGGCACCGUCAUGUCACGCUCGGAGGAGGUGCAUCGGAUCACCGAGAAUGUCUACAAGACUAUCAUGGAGCAGUUCAACCCCAGCCUCCGGAACUUCAUUUCCAUGGGGAAGAACUAUGAAAAAGCCUUGGCAGGUGUGACAUAUGCAGCAAAAGGAUACUUUGAUGCUCUGGUUAAAAUGGGAGAACUGGCCAGUGAAAGCCAAGGAUCUAAGGAACUAGGGGAUGUUCUGUUCCAGAUGGCUGAAGUCCACAGACAGAUUCAGAAUCAGGUGGAAGAGAUGCUGAAAUCUUUCCACAAUGAGCUACUAACACAGCUGGAGCAGAAAGUAGAACUGGAUUCACGGUAUCUAAGUGCUGCACUGAAGAAGUACCAGACUGAACAAAGGAAUAAGGGGGAUUCACUAGAGAAGUGCCAAGCUGAACUGAAGAAGCUUCGGAAAAAGAGCCAAGGGAGCAAGAACCCUCAGAAGUACUCUGACAAGGAGCUGCAGUUUAUUGAAGCUAUCACCAACAAACAAGGAGAGCUAGAGAGCUAUGUGUCGGAUGGGUACAAGACAGCACUCACAGAAGAGAGGCGAAGAUUCUGUUUCCUGGUGGAGAAGCAAUGUGCUGUGGCCAAAAAUUCCCUCACAUACCAUUCCAAGGGAAAAGACAUAUUGACACAGAAGCUUCCCUUGUGGCAGCAAUCCUGCUCCGAUCCCAACAAGAUUCCAGAUCGUGCUAUCCAGCUUAUGCAGCAGAUGGCUAUCAGCAGCAAUGGGACUAUUAUGCCCACCCCCCUCACUACGUCGAAGUCAAACCUCAUAAUCUCAGACCCUAUCCCUGGUGCCAAACCACUCCCUGUACCACCAGAGCUGGCACCUUUUGUAGGACGAAUGUCUGCACAAGAGACUAUUCCUGUGAUGAAUGGUGUCUCGAGCUCAGAAAGUGAAGAUUACAGCCACUGGUCUGACAGGAAGCCUCCUCAGCCUAAGUCCUUAUCCCCACCCCAAACCCAGAAGCAGCUGAGUGACUCUUACUCCAACACACUUCCUGUGCGCAAAAGUGUCAUGCCGAAAAACAGCUACGCAGCCACUGAAAACAAGACACUGCCCCGUUCCAGCUCCAUGGCAGCAGGACUGGAAAAGAAUGGCAGGACAAGAGUGCGGGCCAUCUUCUCUCACGCUGCUGGGGAUAACAGCACCCUUCUGAGCUUCAAGGAAGGGGACUUCAUUACGUUGCUAGUGCCUGAGGCCAGAGACGGUUGGCACUACGGAGAGAGUGAGAAGACAAAAUUGAGAGGCUGGUUUCCUUUCUCCUACACGCGUGUUCUGGACAGUGAUGGGAGAGACAGGUUACACAUGAGCCAAGGGAAAAGCAGUAGUACAGGUAACCUGCUGGACAAAGAUGAUAUCCCCCCACCAGAUUACAGCAUGUCUUCCCGAGCUUUCCAGUCACAGAAUGUCAGCACUUUCAAACAGAGGCCAUAUAGCGUGGCAGUGCCCGCUUUCGCCCAGGGCCUGGAUGACUAUGGGGCAAGAUCCUCAAGCAGGAAUCCUUUUGCCAACGUCCAGCUCAAACCAACAGUGACAAAUGAUCGUUCAGCUCCUCUUAUCAGCUGAUCUCUCUCCAGGAAUGUUGGGCAAUAGCGGGUACCUCGCACAUUUUAUUUCAGUUUCACUUGUGUUGCAUUUCUCUGGUGUCCUUGUAAAUUGUGCAUGUCUAACUUCCCCACAACUUGUUUUGUAGUUAGGUUGAAUUUCAGUCUCCUGCUUGAAAAGCGGGUGUUGGCACAAUCAUUUUUGAUUUUUUGCUCCUUAGAACAUAAGAGAUACCUUGGCAUUUGCAGUGAUAAAUAUCUUGAAGAGUACAUGAUGUGUCUAUUCUGAAUGAAGAAACAGAUAGAACUAUGAACCAGGCCCUGUAAUCUAUAUUGUUAUAGACUAUAUUAAAGAUUUUCUAAGGAUGGUGAUAAGCCAGGAAAGCUAGUUAUGCAUAGGACAAAAAAUGCUAUUUUGCAAUAUCCUAUUUGCCAGUUAAUUUCUCAUGGAUGUCUAGCAGCACAAUCGGAACAUAUGGAUUUGAAUACAUUGAGCCUGUGGACUUCAGCUGUUGUCAAGAAAAAACGUUGGUUGUACCCAGUGCCACAAGAGUGAUGGCUAGCAGCUACAAGUCCCUCAUGAAGAUAUGAUGCCUACACUGCACAGCUGUAAAGCCAGAGCAGCACAUCAUACAGAUGGAAAAAUCAUUAGCUAUAUACAUCCAUCUUUGACUCGUGCUGGGCUUUCACUGGAUUGCUCUCUUCCUAAGCUUAGCAGAGCCAGACUCUAAAAGCUGCCUUCUCAAGUUGUCAUCUUAAUUUUCAUGAGUACUUCAGUUCUCUGCAUGUACAUCCUGCUUGUUGAGAAGAAUGAAGGUAGAUCUAACUUCAUGAGACAAUGGUAAUCUACAAGUCAUGUAUAAAUUUUUCACCAUGUUAAAGAGGGUUAUGGUGUAUUAAGCAGGGAAAGAACUUGUGUUUUUCUCAGAGUCCCAACACCUUCUCACCAUAACUCCUUGCUAAUUAACUAGGCGGGGACAAUAACAAAGCCAGCUUAAUUAUCUCCUCUCCUAUUUCUCCCUCCUUCCUUCUGCCCUGAACUGUUGCAGUGGAAUUCUUGUCUAUAUAUACUGCCUGGUGCAGUGUUUGUGUCCCAUGCUGCAGAAAGAAGCUGGCUUAGGCAGUCUGGCACCAGCUUGGUACUGCAGGUCAAUGCUUAGUAUUGUUUUGGGCAAUGAACCAGGAUCUUGCAGAGUUCCUCUUUAUGAUGCAAUAUUUUUAGUCUGCUUAUCUUUUUAAGGUGCCCUUGCAUUUGCCUUAUGACAGGGGUGGUUAACCUGUGUCCCUCUAAGAGUCCAACUCCCAUCAACCCCAGCCAGCAUGGCCUAUAACUGGGGAUGAUGGGAGCUGUAGUCCAGCAAUACCUGUAGGGCCACAGGUUAUCCAUCCCUGCCUUACAGUGUGAAUAUUAAACAUAGUCAUAAAAAGCUUUCAUACAUAUCGUGAUCGAAGACCUUAAAGCUGCAGUGCAGAGCACUCUGUGCUACAUAUCUGUUUAGACCAGGUGAUGUUAGUGUGCAGCUCCAAAACAGAAUGGAAAAAACUGUACUCUCUCCUCUAGCACUUUGAUCUGCAAGUUGAUUACAGAUGCAACACAAAGUUCCAAGUUGUAGAAAUGGCAGCAAAGGCAAUCUAACUGUUGUUGGGGGAACAUCUGUCAAAAAUCACAGCAUUGGCUUUUAAUGCACAGUCAUCAUUUCUGGCCAAGUUUUGUCUUGCUCCCCUUGGACCACUUGAAAAUGACUGAGGGUCUUGGUGGACCACUUGAUGAUUUUUCUGCCUGUGGUAAUGCACUGUACUAAAUGUUGUAUGGCUUUUGUGUUUUUAUUGCUUCUUAUAUUGUGUUAAAAUUUGACUUCUAUGGAAUGCAAAUUGUAAUACAAUAAAAGAAGCAGAACUAUAACUAAAUAUCAAUAUGGUUAUUUUAUGUGAGCAUGUCCCAAAGCAUGAAGCUUAUGGACCACAAAUUGGAAACCCCUGAUCUUGCUUAUUCCAAGGCUAGUUUUUAUCCCAUCAUCUAAUAAAAGGCAAUUCAGCCAUUUUCAUGGGCAGUGAUAACUGUCUCUCAUGCCGACUGCUACUCAGAGGUACCCUGGCUACAAAAGUCUAUUUCUAAUCCCAGCCAGAAGGAAUGUGGGGCCAAACUACACCAUACAUGUAGUGCAGUGAUCGCUUUUCAGUGUGGCAGCUUUUGCUUAAAGAAAGGUCCAGCAGGGUGUGUUGUUUAUCAUUAUGAAGUCUCCACCACUGAUUUUCUCCUGGGGAGCAUGGGGCAGGAAGAGAAGAGCCAGGGACUUGGUAUCUCUUUCUUGCACUUGAGCAGCCACAUUCAGGUUGAAGAACCACAGAACUACCUCAAGUGUGCAGUUUGGCCCUUAAGAUAAAGCAGGUGCACAAAUUCCAGAAGGUUUGAUGAUGAUAUAAUUCCAUGGCCUCAUUUUAUGAGAGUCUGAAAAAUGAUAAGUCUCCAGUGGCAGCCUGGCAUGUAGGGGGAUGGGAUCUGUCUAUACAGAUGCAUCAUGUGGAAAUGCAUCGUUGCUUGCAUUUUUACUUAGGCUUAUAAUGUGCUUCCACGCAUAUCUCAACACCUUUAUUUUUAUAUAAACAAAAUGUAUUUUAGGUACAAACCAGUUAAUGAUAAUCCCCAAGCUGCAGUGUUCCUGUUUUGGACAGACAGUCUGGCAAAUGCCAGCCUUGGCUGAGGUUGUAAUUCUAGGCCCAGUUAUUAGAAAGUAAACUUCACUGGGCCUUGCUUAUGAGUAAACAUGCAGGGUUCUGUGCUGCAAUUGUAAGUAAUGAGCUAGGUUGUACUCUGCCUGUGUCUGUUACCUUCCUCCCUUAGGAAUAUUUUUCUCUGUUGCUUAAUAAUUACCUCAGGGCUUUGCUCACAGAAGCGUGAUAGGGUUUCUCAACCAGAGCUUUUAUAUUUGGAGAAAUGGCAGAGAGCCAUGCUAUCCAAAAAGGUCAACUUCUACAUAGAUCAAGAGACUUUUGCCAGAUUUUUUUUUUUAAAACAAAGGAUUUCUUGCACUUUACUCAUGCUUGCCUCAGUGUAGCAGCAAGGAUGGAAAAUAUCCCAUGCCUAUGUAAUAACGUUUGCAGGAGUGCAGCCUUGCUGCAGAGUAAUGUGAAAAUAACCCGUGGGAGAUGGUAAAUCUCUUUCCCCAGGACUGGAGUAUAGGUCCUGCUGUUUUUAUGAUGCCUGUAUCUUGGUUACUAAGUUCCUAGGUUAAUAAUAUUUUAAUGCCCUCUGACCCUCAGUGCAGAGGAAAACCAUAUAACGCAAGGCUUAGGCACCAUAAUGUGCCUAAGGCCCAAUGACUAGUGUUACAUGAUAAGAAAGGAUUGUAAAUCUUCCAUUUUCAAUUAAAAUGGAGCAAUUCAGUAUAUAAGAUGGCAGUGUUUAAUACGUUCUUGAAAAAUAAGAACAACCACAGUCAGCCAAUUUUGAUCCAAUUUCAUGAUAUGGGAAAGUGUCCUGUGCCUUUCCGACAUUUCAUGCUAGAAGAGGAGACAGUAAGACAGUGAACAGCUGCCUGUAGUAUCAAAUUAUCUAUCUGCAGUCCAGUCAACAACCAUCACUCUUACCCAGAGCAGAAGGAAAUGCAACAGCCAGAAGUUGGCUUUUUAGUGAAAAUGAAUAGAGGGUACAAGCCACCAAACACUUCAACUUGUUUUGAACACUGGAGAGAGUAGCGAAACCACUUACCUUCAGAUACCAUAGGAGCAUUUCAUGAAUACUUACUGCUAAGUGCUGUAUCUUCCCUGCUGCUCCAGCUUGAAGGGCUUUGGCAUGCCUGUCACAACUGCUGUAGCUAUGCACGUCCUAAGGAUUAGUCCUCAAGACUUGCCUCUUUUUUCUCUCUCCUUGCAAUGUGGCAGCCAUUUCAUGCUCUAGGUAAAAUGUGCUGUGGCCUCACUGAAGCAGCUGGUCUUGAAAACGGGCUGUGGAGCUUUCUGUCUUUUUGCUGCUACCAACUAACACAGCUAUGUUUGCUUUUCUGUAAAUUAAACAGCAUUCUAAUUUCAAGUACAGAAGAUGGAAGAGUUUCUCCUCCAACCCCAUUACACUUGCCCCUUUAUUUCCUCAAGAUGGAAUAUAAAGAAGAGUUGGACUUCCUCAUAGCAAAAGAUUUAAUACUAGAAACCAUAUAAAAAGAAUAAAAGCCCUUCGUUUCUGUAUUCUACCAAACCACAGGAGGAGGUGGAUUUAAAAUGGUGUUUCAAGAGUCUGUACUCACUGUCAGAUUAACAAUGGAGUCCAGGCCUAGGUACACAACAUAACGGAUAAGAAUGUGGUAGGUUACUCUGCUCUUCAGUAGCAAAUGAGGGACAAGCCAAUAAAGGCCCCUGUACUCAGAAUGGGUGCCUAACUAGGCCUCUUGGUCUCCACUCCAGUAAGGUCCUGGAACUACAGAAACAACAGUCGCAUUGAAUGUUAAGUAAGCAGCAAUGCAUACGUACGGUGGCAGAUGUGUCCUUUGGUCUGCAAGCCUGAACAGCCUGCUCUAGCUAGUACUUCUUAAAAAUCACAACAGCAAAGGCUUGCUUCUGCUACCUUCUCAGUCAUCCUGUGCCACUAAAUAGCAUUAUGGAAGGGUACCAGCAAAUCUUUUGAAAGGACCUAUAUUUGCAUGUUGUGCUGCUGCCCCCCCACACUGCCUUAAUGUAGGCAUCAGCUGCAGAUGUAAAAUGUUGUUUUUCAUUCGCUCACCACCAUAGAAUUCUUAAGUAGGAAGUGACUAAAAGACACUCUCAUUAGAAUUGUCACCUCUUUUACACGAGGUUCUUGUGCCUUCAAACGUGAGUCAGACAUCCAGCAGGUAAGAUUUUUCUGUACCGCUCAGUUUGCUUCCUGCUAUGCUGUGCAGCUGCCUAUAGCUUGAGAGCCUUUGUCAAGAAAGGAGUAGGUAAUCAGUACAAGUGCCUACUGCAAGGUAGGGUCUCAUCAACCCUCUGGAUUAACCUAUGAAACCCAUAUAUUUUCAAUUAAAAUAUAAUGCUGGCUUCAAAGCAUAGUAGAUGUAUGAUGAGAGCAGGCAAGAAUUACUUAUUUUAAAAACGUUUUAUUUUGUUAUUGGACCAAUGGUAUUUGACACACAUGCUGGGAGCUGUAUGGAAAUCAGCACUGAUAAAAAAUACAGCAAUAUGACCCGUAUCAAUAAAAUAUACACUGUAGAUAGCCUCUUUCUCUCUCUCUUUUUUUAAAAAAAGAAAAACAAAAACCAUCCCAAUCCAAAACAUAGCUCUAGCUCUGUCUUCAUGCAGCCUCUCGGGCUGAAUGCAUUUUGAUGCUAUAGACCAUAUACACCUCUAAGAGCUUCUUGUUCAAAUGCAAUACUGAAAAGAAUGCAGUUUGGAGAUCAAGCUGUGCUAUAGCUUCUUAGCAACAGCCAAUCCCCAAAGCUUUUCUCCAUAGAAUUCAUGGUGCCUUUGCUGUGGCAGGCUGAGGCCACGUUAUGCCAUCUGUCUCUCUUCCACUUCAUCUAAUGUGGAGGAACGGGAGCAUACGAGAUGGGAACUCCAAGGGUGCAGCACUCAAGAACCCCAUGUUGAUGCCACCACUUCUGCAUAGUUUCAUUGCACCAACACCAUGCCUGACAACUGCCUACAAGGCAAAGAGAUUUGGGAUAGCUAUACAGAGUAUAUCAGACAGACAUGCAGCCCAUGCAAAUAGUGCUACCUAGUGUGUUGCUCAGUGAUGGCAGUGAUGUUCAGCAGUAUAAAGCCUACCUUUUCCUGUUGGGAUCUCCUGGAGCUCUAUACCACCAUGCUGGGAGCAGUACCAAUUCUACCUGUGGUUGCUGUUCCUCUGAGGCUCACAUCCAAAUCCAAAUGCCUCUCAACAGUACAAUAAUAGAGCACACAGCUCCAUUGGCAUGAAAACCACUCACUUCCCCCACAAGAGGUAUCUUGUCCCCAUGUGGGUAAAGGGAUUUGUUUGGAAGAAUUAUGCAUUUUAUUCUUCUUAUGCCCACAUAAGUCUGGAUUAACCUGUCCCUGAGGAAAAAGUAACUGCACAGCCUUGUAGCCAAUGCUGAUUUAUGUCCACCCACUUUGCCCAUUGUUUUCUAACUUAAAAGCAGCAGGUCAGUUUCCCCCAAAGCAAGCAGUUUUAUUGUCUCAAUUGCUUGUUCUGUAGGUACUUAAAUGCAGCCGUCUGGACAGCUCUCUUACAGUGAAAAAUCUGUUCUGAGCCAUUUGCUUCUCACAGAGGAAAUGGGGUGGCCAAAUGUUGGGACUAAGCUGCUGUCAGAUCGAGCAGACUCCAUUUGCUUUACAGCCAACUUAGGUUAAGGCCCCUCUUGGCUCACCAAGGCAGUGCAUAUGCCACACUCUUUAAAAAUACAAACUGAAAUUCUGCACCAGGAAAAGCUGGAUUCCGCACCCUGUAUAAAUCAUGCAAAGAAAGCAAAUUUGUACCUAUGUUUGUUUUGCAUAAUCUAUUCUGCUGCCACUGCUAAUUAUAGAGAUUGACAUGAGCACAAAAGCCCUGAACAGUAGAAACUGUACCCUUUCUCUUUUCUGGCAAUCCUUGUUUUUAACAUCUUGACUUUAUUGAUAAUUUUAAUGUAUAUUUAAUGUAAAUCACUUAGAGGUUUUUACAACUAAGCGGUACACAAAUACUGUUAAAUAAAAUAAAAUGAAUAUGCAUGACGCCAGUGUAGAAAAAUGGCAAACACACACUGUCUUACUACUCACUAUGGGUGAUAUGCGUUCUGUUCUUCCCACCAAGCAAUGUUUUGGCCAAAGGAGUCAACCAUGAACACUGGCAGCUUCGAGAGCUUACAUAGUAAGACUUGUUUGCCAUGAAUUAGCUCAGCUAGGGUCUGCCUUCAGUAAUGCUUACAGACGGGAAAAACUGAGCUAGGAAAUAAGCUGGGUAGCAGAAUGAAGCCAAGAAUGAAACCUCAAGCCUCACAAAACAGCAAUGCUGGACCAUCACCUUCCUCCUUAAAGUGAUAGAAAGUAGUCACGGCUGUUCUAUGAUGAGCUGGAGUCUGCUACUUAUCUCAUGUAAAUAAAGAAAAUGUGCAAGAUA